CAUAGUGGGUACGCUAACGCGGUCAUUCUCUUUUGGCUCCGCUGUUGUUAAUGACGACAGUGGCUGCUGCUGCAAGCUUUGAAAUUCUCGCUUUGACGAGUCUUGUUCGAUCCAACUCGAACCAGGAUAGCUCAGCUCUCACCUUCCAUCACUUCUCCAACAUGCUCCCGGCAUCAGCAGACAGGUUUCCACGGAAAGUGAUAUCCUUUCUUGCACCGGCUUCUCUCUUUUUCUCUUUGCAUUGUUCGUAUACGUUGGAAGGACGGAGAUGUGCUUCUGCUCGGCUUUUCUUCAUUUCCCUUGAGCCAGCCGAUAAGCUCCUGCUUGUGGGGUCAUCCACAAAAGCCCGCAUGACGGCUUCCUUCAUACACGCAUAUCAUUACGGUGGCCAUGUUCUGAGACACAGGGGUCCUACGAUUGAGCGAAAGCAAGCAAAGGUGUGCUGCACGAGGCUGCUGCCACUGGCUGCGGCUAAAGCAUCCUUUCUUACCCGUGUUUGUACUAGCGUACUCGUCCGUUCAUGCAACAAAGUUGUCGACUGUACUGUAGGAGGCUCCAGCCAGCUUCUGUUCGCCAGUUGCUGCGGAUUGGAUUGGACAGCAGGCAAUAGAUUCCUUCCUCCAAAAGCUGCUGGCAAGGAUUUGCCUCCACUGUGCGAGAGAAGAAAAACUUUAGCAAGGCUGGAAGUUUAAGCGUAGAGAACGACGGCCUGUAGCAGCGUUGGCGUUGUCGGUAACGUUCCGUGGUGGCGGUGGGGGUGUCAAGGCUGAAAAAGCAUUUGGAUCAUUCUCAGAGAUUGAGAACGCGACACAAGUCUUGGCAGUGAGCGUGCUUGCUAUCGAAGUGUUCGUUGGAGGAGGGACUGGAUUUCAUGCUUUCGCGUAUUCAUUCAAACAUUUUACAAACGGUAGAGAGAAAAAAGCGGAAAAAAAAUAGGUACCUAAAGCCACUUCAAAGCUGCUGCUUGGGCAAAGUCAGCUAGCUUGAGCAGCAGCAAGAAAAACCAAUCGAUAGAGGAAAGAAAAGGAAGAACUUUGAUAAGAAAAAGAACGAUUUUUCGCGA